GGUGGGAGGUAGGGUGGUAUCAGCAAGAAAGGUGGGCUGGGUAGAGUCGCACAAGGCCUCCUAUGAACUGCUUUGUCCCUGCCCUGAUCUCAUCUCCAGCUCUGCUGCCUUAACUCUGCUUAAUAAGCAUGGCUGUGCUCCCAAGCAGUGUUAAUUCAUUGAAAGAUUCAUUCAUUUACACACACACACACACUCACACUCUUAUAGCUGUGCUAUUUAGGACUCCACGUGGUCUGUUCCAAAGGAGAUCCUGCAGCCCUAUUCCAAAUAUCCAUUCUAAUUCUGUAACUGCUUUUUCUACAUCUCAUCAUGAAACCUCCCAGACUUCAUCCUGAUCUGUAGUCUCCCCUCUUGGCCCUACCUUGGUCCUGGCUCUAUUAUCUGCUCACUCCUCUGCCCUCUCCCCCUUCCUCAUCGUCUUAAAUGCUAGUUCAGGGGUUCAAGUCUUCUAGGGAGUGGGCUGAUGGGGCAGCAGGGUAGGUGCGGCUGUGACCUCUCUGCUUUUCCAGGGACACUCAGCCUACUUCUGAGUAGAGAAGCACAGGUGUACAGAGAGGGUGGCUGGGGAGGGCCCAGGAUCCCCAAAGGUCAGUGACUGGAUGGGGCUGGCCUGGGUUGCUGCUUUAGGUGGCACCUGUUGGGACUUAAAAUCGUGUGUAGCCUCCCUGGACGCCUUCUGCUGCACCCCAGCUGGCUCCCUAGAAUGGCUACAAUGGCUCUGCUUCCUCCUAAUCCCGGAUGGAGCCUUAAUCUAAGCGGUUUAGUGCCAGGUCUCAGAGGGCAGUGUGCAGGAGGCCCUAAGGACGGGUCUGGGCUAUGGGGCGAGAGAGAGUCUUGUUGCCUCCUCUUCAGAGGGGAGACCCAGGAAAGGCCACCUGGGAGGAUGUUGAUGGGGAGACCCCCACUUUUUCCCUCUUUAGUUUGAAUCCUGAGGGAAACCCCAGGAUUGGCUGAGCCUUGCCACAGGGCGGGCUGAGCAGAGAGGGGAGGAGGUGCAGGCAGGUGAUGCAGAAGGGAAGUUUCUUUUCAAACUGGGGGCAGUUAUUGGCAAACAGCCUGGUGGGAGUGUAUGUGUCUACACAAGCCCUGUGGGAAUGGAUGAAAGCGGGCCCCAAUUAGCACCAGUGGAGAAAAAAACGGCUGUGCCCACCAGCCCUCCCUCCCUGCCUCCGCCUGCCCAGGCCUGGGAGGGGUCUCGGGCUGCCGGGCUGAGGCUGGACAGAUUCAUAAUGUUGCCUGACUGAGGGCAAGGCAAGGGGAGGUGGAAGAGGGAGGGGCUUUUCCUGGGACUCCACCAGGGAGACUUGAAGCUCUUCCUUCUCUCCAGCUUGUGUCCUGCCUUGAGGUCCCUCAGGCCUGAAGCCACUGGAUGGUUAGCAACUUUGUCUACCUGUGGGUCUUCUGUCUGUGCUGUUGCUUGAGCUAGAGGGGCUGUGAUCAGUAGCCUCUGGGACUUACUGUCUACUCCUAUCCUUUGUUCACACCCCUACCUCCGUCUGGAGCUCUUGGUCAGGCCAGAGCUGGCUGAGGGAGUUGGGACCUGAGGGAGGCCCCUGAGCCCAUUAACCCUUUUACUGCCUCACAGUGUGGAAGGGGCCUCUCAGCCUUUGUGUAGGGGACUCAGAACUGCAGUUGCUAAGCAACAGGAGGUAGAGGUUGCUAAGGACAAUGCUCUUCUGUCAUAAACCCUCUGGGCAGUGAAGGGGAGAUGGGUUGGGGACUGUUGUGGGGCUGGUGGCCUAGAAAGUGUGCGGAACCCUGAGAGAGACUGUUGGAUUAGGGACCACACAGAAGGGAAGGCUUCCCAUCUUUGAGGACUCUAGAAGCAUCUAGUAGAGGAGACUGGAUUUAUCAACGAUGCCAUGGAGUGAAAGCAAUAUAAAACAAGCUAGGACUAAAGAGUAGGAUUCAGUUAGCUGCUGUGUGUAAAGCACCCCAGCCUGUGCCCGCGCAGUGCCUGUGUGGUGUGAACCCAUGACCAGGCCUCCAGAGGGAAGGAAGGUUAGGCUUAGUGGACACCAGCUUUCCUAAGGUGGGUCUUAGACCAACUCAUUAAAAUGGCAGGAUGGGCUUUUGUGCUGUAUUUCUUGGGAUUUUCAAGAUGCCCCACACAGCAGAAGGGAUGUGCAUUUUUUUCUCUGCCCUGAGUUGUUUGAUAAAAAUCAGUGACCUCGUUCUCCACUUAGAACUCCCCUGCUUGCUCUAGUCACCUCCCCUCACCACCUUUUAUUCUUAACCCUCUGCCCAGUCACAGCUUCCCAGAAACCUUCCUUACUCCUCUUGCUUCAUAGUGCAAUGUCUGGGCACAGUUAGCACCAUUUUUUGAACUUCUUGUGGAUGUGUGGACGUGAACUUGCCCAUUUAGGUGACUGUGGGUUCCCUGCCUUCCGAGAGCUUAAGAGAGCAGAGACUGUGUCUCCUGAUUUCUUCACACACCGCUGCAUAUGGGAAGAUCUGAAGUCAACAGGCUUUAGCCCUGCAGGUGGAGGGAGGCCUCCAGGAGGUGGGCCCAGGACUCUCAGGAGGACUCAGGGCUGCCCUGCUGGCGAUCUUCCUGUUCUGUAACACUACAGGUCUAGCAGUCCAACUGUCACAGAAAAGCUAGGACAUGCAGUAUGCUUCUUUGGAUAUUCUGAGUAACAUUUGGACUGUUACCCAUUGGCUACCAGCAUCUCCCAAGUGGGAAUACAUAGAUUACCCCCAGUGCCCUGAACAGCACUCGGUCCUAACACCCGUGUCCAUGGAAAGCACGCUGUGUCUGGAGAAAGAAGCCUGGCUUUGUCACUUACUAGCCAUGUGAUUUUGGAAAGAAACUUAACAUUAAUUCCUUCAGCUACAAUGGAAUUCUUGGGAGGAUUAAAUAUGGUGACAACGCCUAAUAUUAGAUGGCCUGUAUUCCACACUCAAUCUUCCUUCCCUCUUCUUCCUUCUUUGUAGAGCUAUAAUGAAAAGUAUCAUGUGGGACACAGAAGAGGUUGCAGUCUGGGGUCUGCAGGGCUCAGCGGCCAGGCAGAUUAGCUUUCUUGAGGAAUCCUGACAGUGGGUGGAAGGGUAUGAUUAUGUUAAAUAUUUACCCGCUAGGCCUCGUCUUAUCUCCCGGGUGGGGAUUUCAACACCUAGCCCUUUAAGCAGGUCCACCCAUGCUAGAGAAUCCACACCCUGGAACUCAUUCUAAGUAGAAAAAGACUCUUGCCUAAGAUCACAAAGCCUGCCUCAACUUGAUCCUUCUCUUCUUUCUGAAAUAGAUUUUCUUAUUUCUGAAAUAGAUCACUCUAGAGGUAGAAUGGAAGCAAACUGGAGGGGCUGAGCACAUUCACAGCUUCAGAAUUUCUAGUAUUAGGAAGAGCUGGGGUGGACACUAGCAAAGGGACUUGGAGCUGCAUUUGCAUACAACAUAAGAUUAAGAAAAUGCAGCCAGGCACAGUGACUCACAGCUUAAUCCCAGCACUUUGGGAGGCUGAGGCAGGAGGAUCCCUUGAGGCCACGAGUUUGAAACCAGCCUGGGCAACAUAGCAAGACCCCUCUCUUCAAAAAUUAAACAAUUAGCCAGGCAUGGUGACACGUGCUUGUACUACUAGCUACUUGAGAGGCUGAGGCAGGAGGAUCGAUUGAGCCCAGGAGUUCGAGGCUGCAGUGAGCUACAAUCAAACCACUGUACUCCAGCCUGGGCAACAGAGUAAGACCCUGUCUCUAAAAAAAAAGAAAGCUCCAUUUGUUCGUAGCAGAGGUCAAGGUGGGGAUGAGCAAUGUGAUGUAGAGGGGAGGAGGCUGAAGGCAGGGAGACUGGCAAGUAGGCUGUUGGAGAAACCCAGGUGAGACAUGCCACAGGUGUAAAGGUGAGGACGGCAGAGAAGGGGAAAUGUUUAGGAGGUAGGAUUUGAAAAACCUAAUGAGCAAGUAGAUAUGGGAGGUAAUCGAGGAAUCUAGGAGAUGCCAGGUUCCUGAUAAGGUGACUUGGUGUGUGGUGGUGCUGUACACUGAUGCAGGGAGAGAAAAGGAAGAUGACGUGUGAUCAGUUUAGGGACAGGGUCAGGACUUGAGUGCAGCUUUCUGAUUUCAAAUCUAGAGCUCAUUUAUUUGUUCAACAACUUUUAUUUGAGCAUCCACUGAUGCCAGGCACCAUGCUACAUGCCUUCCCUACAUUAUUUCUCUCCUCCACCCCACCCCAAUUUUGUUUCUUUCUCUUCUUUUUACAGAUGAGGAAACUGAAAUUGAGAGAGGUUAAGUAACUUGCCCAAAAGAGUACACAGUCGAGCUGGACUCAUGCGACGAGUCCGGCUGCAGAAGGGGGCCUCUCUCCAGAUUGAGGGUCUCCGGGUGGAAGACCAGGGCUGGUACGAGUGCCGCGUGUUCUUCCUGGACCAGCACAUCCCUGAAGACGAUUUUGCUAACGGCUCCUGGGUGCAUCUGACGGUCAAUUCGCCCCCUCAAUUCCAGGAGACACCUCCUGCUGUGUUGGAAGUGCAGGAACUGGAGCCUGUGACCCUGCGUUGUGUGGCCCGUGGCAGCCCCCUGCCUCGUGUGACGUGGAAGCUCCGAGGAAAGGACCUUGGCCAGGGCCAGGGCCAGGUGCAAGUGCAGAACGGGACGCUGCGGAUCCGCCGGGUAGAGCGAGGCAGCUCUGGGGUCUACACCUGCCAAGCCUCCAGCACUGAGGGCAGCGCCACCCACGCCACCCAGCUGCUAGUGCUAGGACCCCCAGUCAUCGUGGUGCCCCCCAAGAACAGCACAGUCAAUGCCUCCCAGGAUGUUUCCUUGGCCUGCCACGCUGAGGCAUACCCCGCUAACCUCACCUACAGCUGGUUCCAGGACAACAUCAAUGUCUUCCACAUUAGCCGCCUGCAGCCCCGGGUGCGGAUCCUGGUGGACGGGAGCCUGCGGCUGCAGGCCACCCAGCCUGAUGAUGCCGGCCGCUACACCUGUGUGCCCAGCAAUGGCCUCCUGCAUCCACCCUCAGCCUCUGCGUACCUCACUGUGCUCUACCCAGCCCAGGUGACAGCUAUGCCUCCUGAGACACCCCUGCCCAUAGGCAUGCCGGGGGUGAUCCGCUGCCCGGUUCGUGCCAACCCCCCACUGCUCUUUGUCAGCUGGACCAAGGAUGGAAAGGCCCUGCAGCUGGACAAGUUCCCUGGCUGGUCCCAGGGCACAGAAGGCUCACUGAUCAUUGCCCUGGGGAACGAGGAUGCCCUGGGAGAAUACUCCUGCACCCCCUACAACAGUCUUGGUACCGCCGGGCCCUCUCCUAUGACCCGCGUGCUGCUCAAGCUCUGGGAGGAAGAAUGUUCUGCAGAGGUUCGUACAUCUCUGAGAGUCCUGCCUAAGCCUGCCAGCCCUUACUACACCACCAUUUUCCUCCAGCCCCUACCCACUGGGGAACAGAAACAGAGCCAGAGAGGAAUUGAGAGAUGGAGAGAGAAUGAGGUGGAGACAGGCUUGGCUCCCCCAGCUUUUAUAGAGCGGCCCAAGAAAGAAUAUUUCCAAGAAGUAGGGCGGGAGCUGCUCAUCCCCUGCUCCGCCCAAGGGGACCCUCCUCCUGUUGUCUCUUGGACCAAGGUGGGCCGGGGGCUGCAAGGCCAGGCCCAGGUGGACAGCAACAGCAGCCUCAUCCUGCGACCAUUGACCAAGGAGGCCCACGGGCACUGGGAAUGCAGUGCCAGCAAUGCUGUGGCCCGAGUGGCCACCUCCACGAACGUCUACGUGCUGGGCACUAGCCCUCAUGUUGUCACCAAUGUGUCCGUUGUGGCUUUGCCCAAGGGUGCCAAUGUCUCCUGGGAGCCUGGCUUUGAUGGUGGUUAUCUGCAGAGAUUCAGUGUCUGGUACACCCCACUGGCCAAGCGUCCUGACCGAAUGCACCAUGACUGGAUGUCCUUGGCAGUGCCUGUGGGGGCUGCUCACCUCCUAGUGCCAGGGCUGCAGCCCCACACCCAGUACCAGUUCAGCGUGCUAGCUCAGAACAAGCUGGGGAGUGGUCCCUUCAGCGAAAUCGUCUUGUCUGCUCCUGAAGGGCUUCCUACCACGCCAGCUGCACCCAGGCUUCCCCCAACAGAGAUACCGCCUCCCCUGUCCCCUCCGCGGGGUCUGGUGGCAGUGAGGACACCCCGGGGGGUACUCCUGCAUUGGGAUCCCCCAGAGCUGGUCCCUAAGAGACUGGAUGGCUACGUCUUGGAAGGCCGGCAAGGCUCCCAGGGAUGGGAGGUGCUGGACCCGGCUGUGGCAGGCACAGAAACAGAGCUGCUGGUGCCAGGCCUCAUCAAGGAUGUUCUCUACGAGUUCCGCCUCGUGGCCUUCGCGGGCAGCUUCGUCAGCGACCCCAGCAACACGGCCAACGUCUCCACUUCCGGUCUGGAGGUCUACCCUUCGCGCACGCAGCUGCCGGGCCUCCUGCCCCAGCCCGUGCUGGCCGGUGUGGUGGGCGGAGUCUGCUUUCUGGGCGUGGCCGUCCUUGUGAGCAUCCUGGCCGCCUGCCUCAUGAACCGGCGCAGGGCUGCCCGCCGCCGCCGCAAGCGCCUCCGCCAAGAUCCACCUCUUAUCUUCUCUCCGACCGGGAAGUCAGCUGCACCCUCUGCUCUGGGCUCAGGCAGUCCUGACAGCGUGGCGAAGCUGAAGCUCCAGGGAUCCCCAGUCCCCAGCCUGCGCCAGAGUCUGCUCUGGGGGGAUCCUGCCGGAACUCCCAGCCCCCACCCAGAUCCUCCAUCUAGCCGGGGACCCUUACCUCUGGAGCCCAUUUGCCGGGGCCCAGACGGGCGCUUUGUGAUGGGGCCCACUGUGGCGGCCCCCCAGGAAAGGUCAGGCCGGGAGCAGGCAGAACCUCGGACUCCAGCCCAGCGUCUGGCCCGGUCCUUUGACUGUAGCAGCAGCAGCCCCAGUGGGGCACCCCAGCCCCUCUGCAUUGAAGACAUCAGCCCUGUGGCACCCCCUCCAGCAGCCCCACCCAGUCCCUUGCCAGGUCCCGGACCCCUGCUCCAGUACCUGAGCCUGCCCUUCUUCCGAGAGAUGAAUGUGGAUGGGGACUGGCCCCCUCUUGAGGAGCCCAGCCCUACUGCACCCCCAGAUUACAUGGAUACCCGGCGCUGUCCCACUUCAUCUUUCCUUCGUUCUCCAGACACCCCUCCUGUGUCCCCCAGGGAAUCACUUCCUGGGGCUGUGGUAGGGGCUGGGGCCACUGCAGAGCCCCCUUACACAGCCCUGGCUGACUGGACACUGAGGGAGCGGCUGCUGCCAGGCCUUCUCCCUGCUGCCCCUCGAGGCAGCCUCACCAGCCAGAGCAGCGGGCGAGGCAGUGCUUCGUUCCUGCGGCCCCCCUCCACAGCCCCCUCUGCAGGAGGCAGCUACCUCAGCCCUGCUCCAGGAGACACCAGCAGCUGGGCCAGUGGCCCUGAGAGAUGGCCCCGAAGGGAGCAUGUGGUGACAGUCAGCAAGAGGAGGAACACAUCUGUGGAUGAGAACUAUGAGUGGGACUCAGAAUUCCCUGGGGACAUGGAAUUGCUGGAGACUUUGCACCUAGGCUUGGCCAGCUCCCGGCUCAGACCUGAAGCUGAGCCAGAGCUAGGUGUGAAGACUCCAGAGGAGGGCUGCCUCCUGAACACUGCCCAUGUUACUGGCCCUGAGGCCCGCUGUGCUGCCCUUCGGGAGGAAUUCCUGGCCUUCCGCCGCCGCCGAGAUGCUACUAGGGCUCGGCUACCAGCCUAUCGACAGCCAGUCCCCCACCCCGAACAGGCCACUCUGCUGUGAACAUCCCUAAUGUGAGGCUGUGAAAAGGCAUAUGGACCUGCAAAGGAGGCCCCCAAUCAGACAGACCUAGUUUCAAACGAGGGCACUGCCCCUGCCUGCCCCUUUGGUGCCCAGGCACAGACCCUGAUAGUGGGUUUGGGUCACCUUGGUAUGGAAUGUAUGUGCUGACCCCCUAGGUGAGUCUGGGGAUUGGAACAGGGAUCUUAGGUCUGCCUCUCUCUCUCUCUCUCUCUCUCUCUCUCUCUCUCUCUCUCUCUCUCUCUCCGUGUGUGUGUGUGUGUGUGUGUGUGUGAAGUUUUUUACAGGUGAAUAAACAAAGUUUGAAAGAUG